AUGCGGAACCCAUAUGACGAACAACAAACACAAAUUCUGGCGCGCAUUACGAACAAUCUGAACGAAAAGGUUGAGGAGAUAAACGAGAUGAACAGCGACCUGGUCGCAUUCUCGAAUAUCUGGAACCACUACCAGCGCAACGUCACCUUGUACCUGAACAGCACCAAGAGUCUAGAGCCGUCGACCAAGCGCGAGGGCAACUAA